CAACCAAUAAAAUGGUCUCCCGAGGUGGCUGCGCUGACAGAGGAUUUGUCGGUAGGUUAUAUACUUCACGUCCCACCGAGAAGGUACAUUUAAACCGAAAUCUGUGGCGGAGACGAGAGUGGAGAAAUAGACGCGCACUUAAGGCACAACAAAACAACAACAGCUGAUACUCUCUCAUCGGGGAUCGGUCAGCCAAAUAGGGCAUCUUAAUCUGUGUUUUGCUGCUUUCGUUGGCAAGAUCUUGGAGAUGUCGAACGUCCAGUUAUCGUGCAGCGCGCUGGAGAGGCUGGUGGCCAGGAGGACCUUCCCUCUCCACAGACGCACGAGCGUCUGCCGCAACCUCUUCGGACCGGUGGAUCACGACGAACUGAGCCGGGAGAUGAAAGACAAGCAGCGGGAGAUUUCUGAACGGGACCAGCAGAGAUGGAACUUUAAUUUCGAGGCCAACACCCCGUUGGUCGGGGAUUACGAGUGGGAAGAGGUGCCCGUGGAUACGACCCCGGUGUUUUAUCAGGACUCUGUACAGAACGGCAGGACCAGGGUAGCCGAGACACCCGUCAAGCAGAGGCCCUCCUCGGACUCUGUUCUCCCGGAGACCCCUGAUAUGGAUGUACUGGAGCGCUGGGCCGUGCCCGAGAGCAGCGGCGCUCCGUGCCCGGUGGAGGUUAACCAGGAGAACCGCACAGACAAGCUCAACUCAGGGAGGCCAGCUCACAGACAAGUCCCGUGUGUUAGACGCAAGAUAACGGCCGUUGCUGACAACAACAAUACACACAUCACAGACUUCUUCGUGAAACGAAAGAGGGCUGCUGAUAAAAAGUCGAAUGAAACGAGCGCUUGCCACCACUCCAAGUCUCCAAUCCCGGUGGAACAAACUCCACGAAAGAGGAUCCGUUGAAGGUGUUUCUUUUUUUUUUUUUUGCACUAUUUGCCUGCGCAUUUUUUUGGAGGAUCAAGACGAGGAUGUUUUUCUCCCUGCUUCUUCAACGCAAGAGAGGAGAAAACGGGGGACGGUGUGGGAGACAUAAGCCCGACCGGCCGGUUGCUUCGGCUCGGUGCGCCUCGGCGGAGCGCAGCCUGAACACUCGGGACCAAACUCUCAGGACUGAAACGGUUUGGGGGAGGAAGGGGAGAGGAAAAGAGAGGACAUGUCAACCGAAUGACUUCUAUCCAGUACAAAUGUAGCAUCCAUUGUUGCUUUUGCAUACAGCCACUCGACAGUGUUAAAUGUUUUAACAUCUGUGCAAUCCUAAAUUACUUUAAAAAGAAUUGUCUACACUGGCCAAAAGUGUACAGCUUUAUAGAGACAACAGCCUAUAAUUGUUUAUUUCUGUUCUGUUUUUUUUCUGUAUAUGUAUAUUUUAAUAAGUCUAUUCUAACUUAUAAUUUAUUUAUGUUUCUUUAUAUUUGUUCAAAUGCCUUGUUGAUUUAGCCAAAGGGCAUGUUUUUAUUUUAUUAUUUCCAUUUUGUGUUGUUGUGAUGUUUUGCAAUCAUGUAGCUUAGUAGUCAACACUUGAAAAAAACAUAGGUUUCUUUGUGUUUCUGAGCCGUUUCUUUGUGUUUGCAUACAAGUGCCCUAAUUAUGUCUUGUAAAAAGAUAAGAAUAAAAUAUUCUUCACUUCAACAUUAAGCCGAUUUGUUGGUGUGCUUUGUCUUGGUAACUUUAUUGUUUUUGCUCUGUGUGUUUUGAAGUAAAACUAGUCUUGAAACUGAGAAAAGAGA